AUGAUGAGAAUUGGGGGAGAAGGUAGAAAUAAAAAGAAGGUAAAAGAAGGGGAAGUGAAAAUAAGAAGGAGAAGGAGCGGAAAAGGUGGAAAAGAGGCACAAGACUCCAAAGAAAGAGCAGAGGCCAGAAACCACGCCACUGGCGGCUACACCUCCGCGAUCGCCGCUUCUCAAUGGACCCACGUAUCGCCACGCGUCACUCUCCCAUUGCUUCCUCCACCGCAUUCGUACGGCACAUCCUACCUCCCAAAACGACAGAGACAGUUCGCUGGUAAAGUAUUUGUCUGCACGGUUCUUGAGAAGGGAAGGGGCCCUACGCAAAAUCUUCUCGACGUGCAGAAGAAUUGGCUUUAUUUAUUGACUCAUAUGCGAAGGGAUAGUUUUUUUAAUGGAAAAGGAAUUGAUGCUUUGCACCUUGAUUAG